CAGCUGCACCAAGAAUCCGUGUUUUUCAACAUUCGCCCGUAGAUCAGUAAUAACUGGUCAAAGAUCGAUAUCUUAGAAUCGCAAGUAAAUACCGGUUGCAGCUUACUUAUGAGCGACGGAAUCGUGUCAACGAGACAUGUUGACAUUCUGAUGUCACGCGAGACAUUGUGGCUUAUGCUGCUCGCGCGGGAGUGUAUAACACAACAUGAAUGGAACAGAGUGCGAGCUGACGACCCGUAGAAAAAAUGAAGAAAAAAAACAUCAUCCAAGAUCGCUUAUGAGCGUGUAUAGCGUAAAGUUUCUUUAUGCUCGAUAAAUUCUUUCGCGGGACAUUUAAUAUUGGUUCAUAGAAGAGUGCUUAAGGCAGCUAUAUUUCCUGCACGACUCUCAAAUUUCAUUUUUAUCUUUCUUUCUUUCGCAUUUUUAUCUUGAACUUUACGCUCCACCAAGGCUAUGUACAAGUCAAAAAGUACAAUACGAAUGUAUAUGCGUUCAUUAUACACUUAGUAAUUCGAGAUAAAAACAACGACCGCAACCAUACAAUGUUAUACAUGUGCACGUUAUAUAGGUACUUGAAAAAUUCUCGCUCGCUUCGCUCUUGCUUCUUGAUGGGAAGAGACGUAACGUUUCGUUCUCGGUGGAACGAAGCUGAGACAAAGGGCGCCACUCAGCUUAGUAUUGCCUCCACUUCUACAGACGAUAGAUCCUUCGGCAAGGCUACAGCAGUCUAACGAAGUCGCAGCUCGCGAGCAGUGUGCGCUACGCGCUUCAAAAAAAUUGCUGCUGCGCUACUCAUCAGACAUGUCUAUAACUGUGUUUACAUAUUUACCUACGAGUGUGUGACGGACGCGCUUUAUUUAACAUUUACUGGACGGUUUACCCUGCAUCAUUGCAAGCAUUAUUAUGGGUAUCAUAGGAAGUAAAGAACAGGCAAAAACACCUCCUCUUUUAUGUUCUCUAUCCAGACAAGAAUGGCUCCAGUGGAAAAAAUGUUUUCUCAAACUUUUGAACUAUAAAUAUAUCCCACCAUAUAAACAAGCCAAUAAAUUUUUUAAAUACACUGGCUUUCUUGGAGAAGAAAUAGCUAAUCGUUUAUAUUUUCAUGGUUCAAUGUAUGAAUCAACUCUCAGGACUUUAUUAUUUAAAUUUGAUGUCUAUUUCAUUUACUGUGGAAUUACCAAACCUACAGAAAAGAGCAUCAGUGAAUAUGUUCUUAUCUUAAAGCAUCUAGCAGAAGAAGCUGAAUUGUCUGAUCCUACAACAAAAAAAACUGGUGAUGAAACUCACAGUGGCAUGAAAAUAAAUGAUAUAAUAAAAGAAAAAAUAUUGCAAGACUUUAAAACUCACAAAAUAUUUGAUGACUUAAAUAAUAGGCGAAGUACGCUAUACAUAAGUAAUUAUGAAAAUUUGGCAUUAAAUGAGCUUGUUCAUUUAUGGAAAGAAUAUGAAAAAACCUAUCGACAAAACCACGAAGAAAACCAGAUUGUUGAGAAAAAUAUUCAUCAGAACAGCUGCGAUCGCUGCGGAUUAUUUCAUGAUAAUUUCAAGUGCCAUGCCAUAGGUAAAAAUUGUUGGAAUUGUGGUGAGCGUAAUCAUUUUGCAAAAGUUUGCCAAAAAUAUGAGGUCAUACAGUGUCCCUGUUGCGGUAGCGAUCAUGCACAAAAUAAUUGUCCAGCUACUGCUCAAGAGUGCUCUAAAUGUAAAGGCCUACAUCAUUUUGCUUGGAAAUGCCCUUGGGAAAUGUGCAGUCCUUGCAUGUAUUGUGGAGAAAAUCACAUUAAUAAUCCCCAAAUUUGUUCAGCCCAUAAUAAUCAGUGUAGUAAUUGUUAUGUGAAGGGUCAUUUUACUACUUUAUGUCCAAAUCUUAAGAAUAAAAAGUGAUAUAAGCUCAUGUGUUCAUCUAAGGUAAAACAAUACAAGCCAUAUUUUU